AUGAAGCCGAAGAGGAGAGCGACGUUCUCUCCGAGGCGAAAUCGUCUUUUCUCUUCACCUCAAACAAAACGGCGUCGUAGAGGUUGUUCUUGAGAAUAACACGUGAAAUGUACAGCUUCGUUUCAGGAUCUCUGUCUCCGGUGACAAGAAAAACGUCUUCGGAGAUGAGAGGUCCAGCUUCUGAUUUUCGGCCUUUUGAUUAUGAGGAGCUCUGUCCUGUUUUCUCGAGACUCGUCAACGUCGACGUGGGCGAGGAGGAAGUUGAAUCCACUGAUCUGGUAACAUUUCCGAAGCUCUUCGUUUUCCGAAACGAUUGUUCAGAUGCACUUACAACACGAGUUGGAGGCGAUGCUUUCUAAAUGCGCAAACGAUUCAAGAACUGUAUAUGGACAACUCCAGUUUCUCAACAUCGGUUCUUAUCCGAUUGCUGAUAUCCGCAACAGGUUUUUCUUUUCUUUACGUUUUUGCCGAGAUAUUCUAGUUUUCAUCAAAUUUUUUAAAUUUUCGAUGCUGUUUUUCAUUUGUAUUUUUACUUCAGACCUAUGCCAGAGUGUAAACUUCGCGAGUCUGUUCCAGAAGUGGUUACUCCGACGGCUCCUGAAACCGAAGGGUUUGUUGCUUAUUAAUUUAUUAUUUUGUUCGAAACUUUGGAGAGGUUCUCAAUAAUGCUUUUUAUUUUGUACAGAAGGGGUAUUCUUCGACAGAAUUACCUUUUUUGCUAAAAAUUUUCAAAAGAUUCAUUGGCAAAACUGGUUUUCACCUUUACAAUUUCCUUGUUUUGUGAUUAUUUUAUUGGUUUUGAGGAUUUGCGGACUUCCGACGGAAGACCCAGAAGAUGACGUUAACGUGAUGCCGCCGGCUCACAUUCCUUCCCGUUUUUGGUCCUGGUGCAAGGUUUUCACACUUUAUUUUCUAUUAAAUUUGUCAGUUUGCUACUUUCAGGAAGAAUUUCUGAGUAAUAUUGAUGCCGAGUACUUGACCGACUUCAAGGAGUUGAUACUAGAUAAGUUUAGUUCGAACGCCCUGGAGCAGUAUUAUGUGAAUGGUUUGUCACUAUUUUCAACCUAUUGAGAGUUUCAAUAUCUUUCUAGAACCUUGGAAGUAUCGAAAAAAGACUACGAGAACGCGAGUCACGAGCGGAUCGAAGCCUAGGCGAAGAACCAGCGGCGAAGUCAGUUUCGAAAAGAAAGAAACGCCUACUUCUUCCAAGAAAAAGUGAGUUUUCAAAUUUUUUUUUCUUGUUUCUUAUACAUUUAACUGUUUUCAGUUUAGUAUUAUGAUUAAUCUUUAUUCUUGGUAGGAAAAAAAAGUUUUAAAAAAGCUUACCAGCUGCUGCUUAGAUCAGAAUUUAUUUUCGAAAUAACAUCACAUGAAAAGAGAAAAAAUAGCGUAAAAUAAACAUUUGAACGUACGUGCCAGAGGUGGAGGAUGGCUUCCCACUGGCCGCCCUGCCUGCCAAGCCAUGAACGCCCAAAAGCAGAAAUGACUUUUUCAAUAGUAGGUCAAUGACUAAUUUCUAUCGCUUGGCUAAAUGGCUUGGCUUGGCCGCCAAGCCAAGGGCUGCCUUCCCAAUCCUCCACCUCUGGUACGUGCAAAGGUUUUUAAAAAUUUUUUUAGUUUGUCAAAGGUAAUUGUAAAUAAUUUCAGCGGCUCCUUGACUAGAAACCGUUGCCAGGAACAAUCAGCCGUUUUGAAUGGAAAUAAAAUCGUUCCCAUCGUUUCUUUGGUUACCGAAGCGUGUAGAGGACUCCGCAAGGACAGGUAGGCUUUUCUUUGAAAUACAAUUCUCAGAUUCAAAAACUAUUUAAGCUACAAAUAUUUUUCUUUUCAGCAAGAUUUCGCUGGAUAACGACAGGUCGCCUAUUAGUGGACGGCGGUACAGUGAACGGCUCCAAAUUAGAGAAGAACACGAUUUCGACAGAUUCCGUAAGUUUCUUUUACAGCAAUUAUUCUCUGGUGUCUUUUUUGGCAUUUUUAGACGAGGGAAAGAUCUCAUAUCUGUUUACAUUGUUUUUUUAAAUGAUAUUAAUAUUGAAUUGUGAGUUUUUUUGCUCUCCCAUGACAAUGAUUGAUUAAGGUUUCGAAAAAAAAAAUCAAGUAUUUCUGAUUUGAUUUUGCUCACUUUUAAAAAAUAUUGAGAUGAAUAUUUUUAAUUAUUUUAAUAAUCGUUUAUAAAAUUAAUCAGUUUGACAGAUAAAAAUCACAUGUUUCUUGCAAUAACUUUUAAAAUCGGAAUGUUUUCAUUCCGAAAUUUUUCUUCUACAUUGGUAUUUAUUGGAAAAUAAUGUUUUGAAGGAAACAUCAAAACCGAACCGAUUGACGUCGACGACGAUCCCGUGGAAGUUGAGUACAGGACGCCGCCCACCAGUCCUCGAUGUUCGUUUUUUUCUCAAAUUUUUUUAUCUUCUGUUUUUAAAAAAUCAUUUUUUUGAGCAUUUAAAAAAAUCUUUUGGAACUUUCGAAGAAAGCUGGAAAUCUUUAAUUCGGUGAUUUGCGUAUUUUUUUCUCAAGUAAUUUAAUAGAUGAUUUUAUAAUUUUUUUGGAUUUGAAAAUUUGUUUUAACUGAUAUUCGAAUUAAAAGACGUUUUUUUGCUACUUUUUUUGUUUAUUCGUGGCGUCGAGGUAACUGUAAAACGAAAUGAGGUUUUUCAUGCAAAGGUCCCUUAUUUUAUGUGAAAUAGGGAGACAAGUCCGAUAUGAGCCUUAUUUCCUCUUUCUUGCUGAACAUUUCAACAUCAUUUUUCCAGUCGGAACUAUUCAUCCGCCGCUUGUUUUAGUGCACUCGCCGCGGGUGAAAAAAGAGCGGGAAGAGGAAGAAUGGGAGAAGGCGGGACCUAGCAACGGCUACCAUUCUCCCUGCGAAAACGGCAAAUCCAACGGAUUCUCCUCUCUCCACACGCCGAACGGCCGCGUCAACGGCGACUUCAGAUCCUCAAAACGGAAAAACGGCGAAGUUUAUCGUCCAAAUCACGUUUUCCUCAUUCUAACCAUUCAGAAGAAGAAUAACAACGUCUACUUGAGCCCCAUCAACGGAAACUCCCGACGAAACACGGAGCAGAAUGGUUUUUUUUGUCUCAAUCUUCUCUGAUCUGUUUUUUCCACUUCAGGCGAUGACGAUUCUUGUGAACUCGACCUGACGACCGACGAUUUCGAUCCAUUACUCAUUGGAGCGAAAAUUGUCAAUAAACUGAUAACUGGAGGUAACUUAUUAAGAAAAACAGAGACCUCAAGAUUGCUUUUUUCUUGAAAUAUUUAGCUUGAAAACCUUUUUGAUGUUAUGUUCUUAGCCAUAAGCUGUUGAGUUAUGAAUAUUUCUAGGUUGAAAAAGUUUUUUUUUUGGCUGCAUGUUGGUGAGUUAAAGCAUGGAUAUUAUUCGAAAAAAAAGCUCAUAUUCUCUAAAAUUUAUUAUGUGCGUUCAAUAAAGUUGAUAGUUUCUUUCUGAACGUCUUGAGCUUUAUUUUGAGGGCCUUCAGUCAUUUCAAGAGACUUAUAUAAAACAAAAAACUCAAUAAAUAAAGAUUUUGGACAGAAAUUCGAAAAAAUGUUUUUGCUUUCACGAAGUUUUCCGCUUACAGGGGUAUUAUCUGGGUCGACGGCUCACAUUUUCGAAGAACUAUCGAAAAAUGAAGUUAAUGGACAAGGCGCCGAGGUAAAAUUUUGUGAAGAGGGUCGCUACGAAGCUGACGACUACAAUGUUGUGAGUGAUUCGAGGAUAUUUUUUGCUUUUUUGAAAAUUAUUUUAUGGAAUUAGUUGGCAAGUUGAGAUAUUCUUCAGUUUAUGAAUUCUUUUACGCUGGGGAAAUAUUCGAAAAUGAAUUACUGGGAAGGUGAUUUUUUUUUCAUAACUAAAAUUUUAUUUUUCUCGCGCAAGGAGUUUGUUUAUGAAUUUUUGCUGAGUUUGGUUCCAAGACGCUUUUUCCAGUUUGUAAGAAAAAGAAAGAAAACUUUUCUUCGAACAUCCUUCUAUUCAAUUUUCGUUCAAUGAAAAAUAUUUAGAUCGUAAACAAAUUUUUUUUUGUUGCAGGACGAGCUGUCCUCGAAGCUGCAGGAGUGUCAGAUCGAGCUGAAGGAGCUCGAGCCUAAAGGAAACGCCAUGGUGGCCAUGGUUUGGCGUCGGGCUCGUGCUCAGUUCGCCUACUGGGAGACCUUCGAGCAACUUCACGAGGCCAAUUAUGAUGUUCGUUUGAUAUUCUGAAAUCAUUCAAAGAGAAAGAUUUUUGCGUUUCUAACCCAGUAUGUUAAUUCCUUUUUUUUUACCAAAUAUUAUUAAUACUUCUCAUCAAACUUUUUAUUUUAUUCGAUUUCUCAGUUGGUCCACGUUUUUCUUUUUAAUUCUAUUCGAUUUUUUUCGUGUUCUAUAGAAGGCUAUUAUUAAAAAAAUUUAUCAUUUUUUUCCUUCAUAAUUGAAGUCAUAAUUCAAAAAUUUGAAACUCUUUUUCCGCGAAAAUCUCUGAGUUCUGAGAUUUUCCUCGCUCUGAAAAUGUUAUUAAAUUUUGACUUUGAUUUUUUCAAACCACUUUUGUUGUGAUUUGCAGUUGUUCCGACUUGGAGUGAAUAUGUACCGCGAUUACCCGAGGCGUCUUCCAAAUCUCAGUGAGCAGCCGCAUUUGAGGGUUUGUUGGAUGGUUUUUUCGUUUAUACGUAGAUUAUUUAUCAAUUUUAUCGUCGUUCAUUGCGAAUUACAGUCGAUUCCUUCGCUUUCAUGUAAAAGUUAGUCCAAAGGUUUUUGAAUAUAAUCACUGAAAAUAUUUUAAAACUUACGUGUAUUUAGUGUUCUUGGAACUACUGAAAGAAGAAGAAGAUUUGAAUUUUGAAAGCGACGUUUUUCAGGAAUUUUUAUCGAGCGGUUAAAUUUUUCACACUAACAAGAAAAGUCAUUUUACUUUGUGAUCCAGGAUUUCCUGCAAUACGGACGGAUUAUUUCUUAAUAUUCUGAGAGAUUUCAACCUGCAAAACUUCUUUUUUCAAGGGAAUAAUUGCUAACAGUCUGAAAUGAUCUCUUCUAGCAGAUUUUGAUGGCUUUCUUGAAUUUCGCGAGCUUCUGUCUCGAAAAUUAAAAAGUUGAGCUGCUUGAGAAUCUUCUGAUACAUCAGAAGGUAUCUGGCCAAAUUAGAAAAUAUCCAAUCACAAAGUUGAAUGACUUUCCUUGUCAGAUUUCUUGCUUGAUCCCUACACGCAUCAUGUUCUUCAUUCCAGGCUUCGAUACGAGUUCGCAAUUUCAAGGCGAGGUCCCACUACGGCCGUUUCUACAAGCGACAACCCCGAUACCGUCUCAUUCUGCCUUCUUCUCGAGCUUCUUCUCUUUAUUAA